UAAGGAAGUCAUGGAGGAGAAUCGUGGGAUCUUGGACUCUCUCGUUGCAGGUGAUGAUGAAUUGGAGAAGGAGAAUGAGGGAGACCGCGACAAAAGCCAAACAGUGGGGAUGUCAUAUCCAUAUUCAGAGUAUGGAGAGAUCUUCAGCCAGAGCUCCCAUUCCACUUCAAAUCAAAGAAAUCCCCUAGAGAAUAAACGCCAUCAGUGCUUGGAAUGUGGAAAGAGCUUCAUUCACAGAGGCCUUCUCAGUGUCCAUCAGAGAAUUCAUACAGGGGAGAAGCCAUAUCAGUGCUCAGAAUGUGGAAAAAGAUUCACUCAGAGUGCCCAUCUCACAACCCAUCAGAGAAUUCAUACAGGGGAGAAACGCUAUCAGUGCUUAGAAUGUGGAAAGAGAUUAAUUGACAGACGCCAGCUCAUGGUCCAUCACAGAAUUCAUACAGGGGAGAAACCCUACCAGUGCUUGGAAUGUGGAAAGAGAUUCAUUGACAGACGCCAGCUCACGGUCCAUUACAGAAUUCAUACAGGGGAGAAACCCUACCAGUGCUUGGAAUGUGGAAAGAAAUUCACUCAGAGAGCUAAUCUCACAACCCAUCACAGAAUUCAUACAGGGGAGAGACGUUAUCAGUGCUCAGAAUGUGGAAAGGGCUUCAUUGACAGACGCCAGCUCACUGUCCAUCACAGAAUUCAUACAGGGGAGAAACCCUAUCAGUGCGUGGAAUGUGGAAAGAGCUUCACUGAUAGACGCACGCUCACUGACCAUCAAAGAAUUCAUUCAGGGGAGAAGCCAUAUCAAUGCUUGGAAUGUGGAAAGAAAUUCACCCGGCGCACCCAACUCACAACCCAUCACAGAAUUCAUCAGGGGAUAAACCCUAUCAGUGCUCAGAAUGUGGAAAGAGCUUCAUUGACAGAAGCCAGCUCACUGUCCAUCAAAGAAUUCAUGCAGGAGGCAAACCCUAUCAUUGCUUGGAAUGUGGAAAGAGAUUCAUUGCAAAGGCCAAACUCACAAUCCAUCAGAGAAUUCACAGUGGGGGGAAACGAUUUCAGUGCUUGGAAUGUGGAAGGAGCUUCAGUCACAGGGGCCGUCUCGCUUCCCAUCAAUGAACUCACAUUGGGGGCAAUCUAUAGUAGUGGCUGUAUACAGAUUUAAUUUUAGGAGACUUUAGUUCAUAUGAGGUAAUGAUUGCAGGUGGGUUCUUUGCCACAUCUGGUGCCCCAUAGUAAUUCCUACUACGUACCCAGAACUGUGACUUGCAAGUCCUUCGCCGAGGUGUUUAAUACCUUCUUCACAGUGUCCUUUCUCUUGGCAGAUCAAGAUGAGCAGGUGACAACAAAGGUUGCAAGGUUUUUAGCUGGGGCAAUUAGAAUAAGAUCCACCAUUUGACUAUUUACUCAAUACCCUUAGAAGUAUUUUAUAUAACUGACUUUUUAUUUUUAUUUUUUGUAUAUCAUAUUGUUGUUUUAUUGCUAUGGCCGGUGGCUGACGCAAAUUAAGAUUUAUUCAUUCCUUCAAUAGCUUCUUCACACCAUGCUGGACAGAGGGAUAACAGUGAUUGGGCGACACUGAUGAGGUUGCUGUCCAUGCUGAACUUUCCUAGGAAGGACUUGGUGUAAAAAAUGUGAUAGUUCAUUGAAUAUAAGAUAUUAAUUUUGAUUUUGUAUGAAGUGUCCUAGUAUGAAUUGCAUUUAGCCUUUUUGAUAGAAUGCAUUAGGCUUGAUUUUUGUAUGCCUGCAUUUUGUAAAGCUGUGAUGUGUAUGUUUCCUACUGCUUCCAUCCUUAUCAGACCCUAGAAGGGCAGGUGAUGUUUUGGGAAAGAGGUCUGUGUUGAGCUAGCAUCCAUGUGAGAUCUGGCAUCUCUCCUCAAAGGCCUUUGACAUGUUUUGGUACCAGGGAAGUAAGAUAGGGGAUAGAAAUGUCAACAGUCCCAUGGGAGUCCUGGUUGCCAUGGGCAUGGUGUCAAAGUGAGACAUUUGAGACCCAAAUGACCUGGGCACUCUGGGACACCUCAAGGUAAUAUCCACAUUAAGCCACGCAUCCCAUGAUCUGAGACCUUUCUUGAGUCAAGUGGAAGAGUGUUGUGGCAUUUUAUGAGUCUUUGUGUGCUGUGUAUAUAAACUUUCUUCUAAUGUGCCUCCUGGCAGCCUUUUCGAACUAUCCGUUCUGCUGAACAACUGGUUAGGAAGGCUGUUCUAUUUGAAUAAACUGGGUCCCUGCAAGAUGUUGA